ACAUCAUCAAUUUUGUUGAAUACAAUAUUGUUAUUUUAUCAUUGACUUAUCACUUAAGACUGACGGGAGACUUAUCGAUCAUGGAAGUGUUGAGGUAACAUGUUCAGAGUUUAGUUCUGUGCUUGGUAAGAUUAGGACAGUCUCAGGAAAAGGCAUGGACACGAUUCAUUUACUCACCAUCUCUGUGUUUGUAUGCGUCCUCUCAUUGUGUCAUAGUCAGAGUGGAGGCGGUGUGUAUGAUGGCCUUUAUGACAGUGGAAGCGGAAGUUCGUAUUCUAUGUCCCGGGAUAGCCCUUAUGACAGCGGAAGAGGCAGGCCAUACAUGGGAUUAGGCAUGGGGCCAUCAUACACUGAAGCGGGUCUGGGACCAUCGUACAUGAGAGGAGGCUCGUCAUAUAUGGGUGACAGGGGUCCUUCAUACACAGGAGGUUCAACUUAUACUGGUAUCAGAGAUUCGUCAUUCAGUGGAUACCCUCCAUAUAUGAGAGGCACAGGAAGAGACAUUGUUGGAGUUGAAACGGAUCGAAUGUUUCGUGGUACUGGUUACCCUGAUAGAUCACGUACUUAUCACAGAUCAGAUCGUAGAGUAAGCAGCCGUGGUGGCGGUGGUGACCGUGGCGGUCGUGGUGGCCGUUGCGGCCGUGGCGACCGUCCUCCACGCGAAGGAUGUAUUGGAGCUCGUGGUGGCGAAGGUGGGUACCCUGUACAAGGAGGUUAUUGCCCAGGUCACAUGUGCGCAGACGGAGGGAGGUCCUCUGGUGUUGGUAUGGGUUAUGGGACAGGAACACAGAUGGCAAUGGAUCGACGGUUAAUGACUGGUGAAAACGAAGAUAUUAGGGCAUAUGAACCAUUUGCUGGAGGACCUGCAAGUGAUGGUGGUGGUGGUGGUAUGAUGCCAGGAAUGCCGGGAAUGGGCGGUCCACCCUUAGGAGGAGUAUUUGGUCCACCAGGGGGCGGUCCACCCUUAGGAGGAGGAUUUGGUUAUUUAUUUUGAUCAGCGUUUUUAUUUUAAAUGUAUAGUCUUCAACUUGCCUUAUUUAAUUAAACAAAUCUGUAUUUGUGUGUAAAACAUACAAAAAUUGGUCUUAGAAUUUGAUUUUUGCUGUAAGCUUAACCGUAUGAUAUACAAUUCGUGACGCGAAGUUUCAAUAUUCUUUCAUUCUAUCCAUUUCGUCAAUUUAUUUGCAACAAAUUGUUCAAAGUAAAUAUGUUAAAGAAUUA